GAAUGAGGGUGGCGGGCAAGGGGUCGGGCUUGCCCGGAGACCCAGCGCCGCGACAAUGCCGGAAUUUCGCUUUCCCUUUGGGGCAGCCGGAGGCGGCGGGGCCGUCCCGGAACGUCUGCGGCCAGGCUCCCGGGGAGUUAAUCCGAAAGCGCCGCAAACCCCGCGGGCCGACCUCCACGUGUCACUAGAAGCUGAUGUAGAGAGAGACCGAGAGAAAGAAAGCAAGAGACCGAAGUCCCGGGAAAGUCCUGUCGCGCUUCGGGGCAAUUAUAAAAAUGUGACCCCCUGGGCCGGCAUCCCAGCCACCGCCCUCCCCUGUCGCGCCCGCCCGUCCGCGUCCAGCCGCCGGCUCCGUGCACAGCGCCCGCUCAGCAUGGGUCCCGCUCGCAGGCUCCUCCUCGUGGCCAUGCUGGCCCUCCUAAACCACCUGGGCCACCCCGGUUUGGCCAGGAGCCUCCCCACAGCCACACCAGGCCUAGGAAUGCUCCAGUGCCUCAGCCACUCCCAAAACCUGCUGAGAGCCGUCGGCAACAUGCUUCAGAAGGCCAGACAAACCCUUGAAUUUUACUCCUGCUCUUCUGAAGAGAUUGAUCAUGAAGAUAUCACAAAAGAUAAAACCAGUACAGUGGAGGCCUGCUUACCACUGGAAUUAACCACGAAUGAGAGCUGCCUGGCUUCCAGAGAGAUCUCUUUCUUAACUAAUGGGAGUUGUCUGGCCUCCAGUAAGGCCUCUUUUAUGAUGACCCUGUGCCUUAGCAGUAUCUAUGAAGACUUGAAGAUGUACCAGGUGGAGUUCAAGGCCAUGAAUGCAAAGCUUUUGAUGGAUCCUAAGAGGCAGAUCUCUCUGGAUCAAAACAUGCUGGCAGCUAUUGAUGAGCUGAUGCAGGCCCUGAGUUUCAACAGUGAGACUGUGCCACAAAAACCCUCCCUUGAAGAACCGGAUUUUUAUAAAACUAAAAUCAAGCUCUGCAUACUUCUUCAUGCUUUCAGAAUUCGUGUGGUGACUAUCGAUAGAAUGAUGAGCUAUCUGAAUUCUUCCUAAAAUGCUGAGGUCUCUCCCAACCUUACAGGCAUUUUUAUAACAAUUUGAACCAAAGAAAUUUAAUAGGAUAUGGGUUAAGAACUGGGGACAGGAUGACCUGUCAUGGCCCUACUAAGCUAAUACAAUAAUUCUCAUGCCUGUUUACAUUAGUCACCACCCAAAAUUUGAAGACUCAGACUAUAAUAUCCAUAUGAUUCCUUUGGUCAAGUAUAUUUCCCAUUUACUACAGAUAAGUUGUUUUUAAGUUUUCAUGAGCAAAAUGCUGAGGGAAAAUGUCCUCACUGAACAUGUUUUUCUUUUCCUUUUAAUAGAAGAGCAAGAAUUUAUAAGCUAUUUCUGUACCAAAGUGUUUGUAGGAACAAACACUCAAGCAUAAUUUAUUUUAAAAUAUCUAUUUAUAUAAUUUUAUGUUCAUGAAAGCAUGUGAACUUAUAUUUAUUUAUGUAAUAUUUAUUAAAAUAUUUAUU